AUGACGACCGACUACUUUUCCGAUCACGAGGCUUUCAUCGCCAGUCAGCCUUUGCCAUCUCCAGGAGGUACACUGUACACGCCAUCUCGACGGAACUCGAGAUAUGGAACGCCCGCUAGUGAGAUUGCUAGUUCACCACCUCCUCUUCCAUCGAGUAUGUAUCCUGAGACAGAGGACGAGGCGGCCAAUAACGAGACCAUUUCGAUGCUUGAUCCACGCCGCUUCACUCCAACGCUACAUGCCAACUUGGUCUCCGAAAUUUUGAAUCUACGACGCGAGCUAGAUUCAAAGCACAGGUUCAUCGAGGACGUAGAGCUGAACCUCCAUACCGCACGGACCGAGAAUGACUCGCUGGUGAAACAACUUUCAUCAACUGCCAAAGACAAUCGCACAGCAAAACGUCAACUACAGCACUUCGAGAAUGAGAUGCUUGCAGCGCUGGAAGAGAUUGCAGGUGAGCGUGAUAAACUCAAGGAUGUCAACGCAGAUCUCAAGUCGAAACUGGAAGUGGCCGAAAAGAGAUCGCGUAGCCAGGAUGAUGACUCGACGCGUGUUCAUGACAUGUGGGCUCGCGAAAAGGAAGUUUGGGCUGGAGAAAAAAGAACUUUGGAGCGCAAAGUACACACAUCUGAUGCGCGAUUGAAGCUGCUAUUGGACGAACUUGCCGCUCAUGAAGUUGCCAGAGAAGAAGCACGCUUUGAAGGCGAAGGAGAUGACACGAAGGACACCAACGUGGGCGCCGAGAGCGACACUGCCAGUGUGCGCUCGUCGCCGCAAAGGCGCUCUUCCACGCAAAUCGGACACCAUUCGCGAAACCUGAGUAACAGUAGCUACAGGAGCAUCGGUCGAAACUACCGAAUGUCACUGAUGAGCAAUGAGGGUCAGGGUCGAGGCAUUGGCCUCAGUCUCGCAGAUGAGCUCAUUUUUGACGAGGAGGAAGAGGAAGAUUUGGAAGAUCUCGAACUCGACUCGGACGAUUUCCCCGAACAUGAAAUGCGAGCAAGAAGAGUCAUGGAAUCGCGACAGGCGAUGUAUCCCGACGAUAAAGCAAAACGCAUCCUGGGACUGAGUUGUGACGUCCAAUCUCCAAGCAAGGACAUCCCGGUCACUGCUGAAGAGUACGGCCAGGUCAAGACAUCUCAUGAAACGACUCAUUCCACGGUAACAAUAACGCCCAGGGAUAUCACCCUAAUCUUCCCGCCAACCAAGCCGAUAUACGUGGAUACUGGCGUUCAGCCCUCGCCGCCUGCAUCGCCUGUGCUUCCCUCCAUGACCGAAGCCUCGUGUCAGACAAUCAACGAGGUUCCUGUGCAGCCGAAACCUGCCGAUAGCUCGGCAGCUCGCACUGAGGUCGAUGUGAACCAAAGCCAGGCAAACCAGCGCAGGAAGCGCACGUCUCUGUUGCUUGAAUCUCCUCACCCCUCAAGGAGUGCCAGCCCUACACAAUGUACUAUGAUUUCUAGUGCUGUGCAGACACUUGAGCAGCCAUUAAGUCCACCACCAACGCCCAAGAUCACCAUCCCGACUACCGAACUGCCCGCAACACCUGUUUCACCUAUCUUCCAGACCGAGCUUGUAUCCUCGUCGACGCAGACAGAUUCAACCGAGCAGCAUGAGAUACCCAUUGCAGAAAUCAAACGAAGUGCUCCGCCAGCACCGAUCCCCAUACCGUCAAUCGCCAUUACUGCCCCAGACUCAGCCCCUUCCUCGCCAAAAGACGCUAGGUUGCCACCAGGGACUAAGACGAUUUCUACCCAAACAACAAGCGAUCUCGUUGCACCAAUGCGAUCGUACGGUAUUCAGACAGAGCCUAUUCGGGUUGACCAACGUCCUAUCAAACUACCACCUCAUCUCCUGCCCUCGGCUAUAACCUCCAAGCCCGGCACCCCAGAGACAAAAUUAGAAAGCCCUUUCGCCGGCAUCGGUGUAAGAAAUGACUCGUACUACCCUGUUGGCAGCGACACCGAGAAAUUCCCUCCAAAGUCAGCAGCUCGCCAAGACCUUAUGGCCCUACUCGAGAAAGCUGCCGAUAACAGAGUGCAGGUGGAAACUCGCUACCCUGGUAACAACGACAACGGACCCUUGUCAAGCAAUCAUCAGAACGAGCAGCUUAGUAGACCUUUCCGAUCGAGCAGCUUGUUCGCUGGAUUCGAUGGCCCUUCUUCCGACGAAGAGGAUCUUGCCGAUGCGAGCGACGACGAACACCGAGGUCACCCUCACAUGACGCCUAUGCUCUCAUCGCGCAAUGCUAAGAAUGGUCGACCAGUGAAUCCACCAACCCCUGUGCCAGAGGACAAGGAACCGACGCCGCCGUCUAGAAUCUCUGAGGACUCUCAGCCUUCCCAUCGUUUUGGUUCUGAGCGUGCGUCUCUCGAGAAAGCAGCAAGAAUUACAAAACGUAAUUCCUUAGGUCGCCAGCCCAGUAUUCGGCGAUCGGCCAUGAUCCAGUCCGGUACUUCAGCGCACAUGAAGCCCAUCAUGAACAAUCUUGGUUCUGCCACUCAAGUAAAGCCGCCGUUCCCGGUCCCCAUGCGCUCGAGCUCCCGUAAUACGCCUUUGAGUAAAAGUGAAGGCUCUACAAGUCCCACACCUGGCCAUGGUGGCUCCUAUGCUAAUCGCCGGAUGCAUGCUACUAAGCAUCAACGGAAGGAUAGCCUGCGAAAAGUGCGCUCAGCAGCCCCGAUUUCCAGAUCAAACCGUUCCCGAAGCAGGUCACCGACGAUGCCUACAACACCCAGUAUACCUGACACGGAUUCCAUCCCUCCUCUACCAAGUGACAUCAUGAGCGCGAGUGGCUUUGGCCACCGUCAUCAAUUGUCAACCAACACAGCAUACACGGCUAGCCAGUCAGUUGCUAGUUCCAACUCGCAAUCCAAUGUCGUUGAUGCCAUUGCUGCAGCAAUGAUCGGCGAGUUUAUGUGGAAAUAUGUGCGCAAGAGGAAAGCUUUUGGUGUCGGUGGGGCAGAGGUUCCUAUGGAUCGUGCAACUGAGGAGGCCUCUCUUUCGAGCGGUGGAGUACGUCACAGGCGCUGGGUUUGGAUCUCACCAUACGAGCGAGCAAUAUUGUGGAGUAGCAAGCAGCCAACUUCCGGUUCUGCUUUAAUGGGCAAGAGCGGUCGCAAACUCACCAUCCAGUCAGUCCUCGACGUCGCCGACAACAAUCCAACCCAACGAAACGAACCCCUUUUCAACAGAUCGAUUCUGAUUUUGACACCUGCGCGUGCCCUCAAGUUCACAGCCGUAUCGCGAGAGCGCCAUUACCUGUGGUUGACUGCGCUUUCUUUCCUAGCACACUCGAGCGCACCCAUGCCCGAUCUCAGUGCCAUGCCUCAGCCACCACCGGUUGAAUACAAACAUCAACGAUCGGGAGGCGCAACACUUCGGCGGUCGCGCGUGCAGGACUCAGUACGUCUCGCGAAAGGCAAGGCGAACCCAGCAAUGCAACGAAACAGGGCACUCAACGAGCCCAUGCCUGGUCUAUCAUCGCUUGCUGGUUUCGACAGGUCGGUAGCAGACUCUGCUAGCCCACCUUCCAUUCCUCGAGGGCCAGCUCACGGCCGUAAACGAAGCUCGACCGGCCCAGGUGCACCGCCGCCCAGUAUCCCCUUCCGCAGCUUCUCACACCAACAAGUGCCUUCAGUCUACUCCAAUGGAUCUUCGGACAAAUAUUCGUCCAUGCAACCGCCUUCAGUACCUUCGUCGGUAUAUAAUCCCACCAGUGGCAUUGUCAGCAGCCGAACAUCUGAAGCAAGAACAUCUGAAGCCAGCACAUCUACCCGCAGCCACUUCUUCGAUGCUAUGGGCACCGUGCGUAUGGAGGCCUUCAUCGACGAUGCAUUGGGUGAUCCAGCGCAACGCCAGGGUCUCUACGUCAAGCCCAGAGGCGCUCGUCACCGACGUAGCAGCCAGUGGAGUGACACCGCACGUGAGCGGCCAAUGCGAGCAGCUGGCCUGUACGACGACAUCGACAACGAUCCUUUCCGUGGUUUCUAG